UUCUUCUAGAAAAGCUAACUAGUCGUGCUUUGCAGUUCAAUAAAUAAAUAUCAUAAUUUUACUGCGUAUCGCGUAUUAUUGAAAAUAUUUUUUUUAUCACAUAACACUGCAAGACUUGUGAUUGUCCAAAUUUGAGUGUUUGUUUUUUUUUGUGUAUUUAUUAUUUUAAGAUUAAUCUGUGAGAAUACCCUUAAAUAUUUUUUUUAAAGUGCUUUUUGGGUGGUUGAACACAAAAACUUUGAAAGAAACUCUGUGUAUAGUUCAAGGCAAAGACUUUAUUUUUUUUUUUGAGUGUUUUUAAAAGGCUUGUGAAGUGCGUAUGGUAGUAAGUUCAGUAGCGGCCAAAGUAUGAGUCUGAAGAAAACUAGCCGCAUGAAAAGCCUAUCGCUCAAUGAUGAUUUUCCAAUACCGAUCUCAACAUCACAUUUGGGAUCUGGAACACUAUCGUCAAGGUCAAGGCAUUCAGCUUCAAAUAAAAGAGCUGAAGAAAUAAAUAAGAUAGCGAGGUAUAUAGAUGACAACGUCAUUGGCAAAGGAGUUGCAUUUCUUGGUCCAUAUGGCAGGCGUAAAGUGGUGUAUGCCAAUUAUACGUCUUCUGGCAAGUCCUUGCAAUUUUUUGAAGACUACGUCAACAAAGAGGCACUCUCGAUGCUUGGUGAUAUUAAUUGCACAUCAACUGUGACCGGAUUACAAUCGAAAUUGUACAACAAUGAAGCGAGAGAUCUUAUAAAGUCCGCAGUUAAUGCAUCCGCAGAUGAUGAAGUGAUUCUCUGCGAUGGGACACAUUUGAGUCCCGCUGAAGUUGUUCUCACUCUACUUAACAAUAGAAUAAAUUUUUCCAAUGAGAGUGAAAAAGUACUCACAGAAUGCAUCAACAAAUCCCUGUCGUCACCAAAUGCUGAACAUGUUACACUUUUUGUCAGCACAUGUGAACCAGCAAGAUGUCUUCAGCCAUGGAUUGACUCUGGUGCUGAGAUUGUGAAAGUGGCCAAGAAUCGCGAGGGAUUUCUUGACCUUGUUGAUCUGGAGAAAAAACUGUCUAGCCACAUGAACAGUCAGAAGCAUCUCGUGGGCUUCUUCUCAGCAGCCUCUCGUCUCACGGGAAUCCUCACGGAUGAUGUGGCCACGACAAUUCUUCUACAUCAGUAUGGAGCUCUUGCAAUAUGGGAUUACAGCAUGGUAGCUCCCUAUUCAGAGGUCAAUAUGAAUCCUCAACUACCGGGGGCUUCCAAGGACAUUGUGUACUUCAAUGUGAACAAAUUCAUUGGCGGAGUUCAAGCGCCAGGAAUUGCAGUGAUAAAACGGUGCUUGUUGACAACUCCCAAUGUGCCAUACAAUAGUCUGGGCGUAAUUGGUGCUAUAAGAGCUGGAUUGGCCAUUCAACUCAAGGAAUCCCUCGGAACGCAAUCAAUAAUGGCUAGAGAAGAGAAGAUAUGCAAACAAAUCCUAUCACACAUUCGCACAAUCCCGGAGAUUAUAUUACUUGGACCUCCGGGAAUGACUCCCAAGCGCCUACCGACAAUUUGCUUUCUUGUGAAACAUCCCCGGGGCGCAUUUCUCCAUCAUCGAUUCAUUGUGGCUGUGCUCAAUGAUGUGUUUGGCAUUCAAGCCACCGCUGAGAGUCAUAUUGGCAGAGAAAUUGGAAUCUCUGAUAAAUUUUCCAUAGAAUAUGAGCGUAUCCUGACGGAUGAGGACAAUGAAAAGCUCCGUCCGGGAUAUACACGUAUCUCCCUGACGUACUUUUUGUCCGAGCAGGAGAUUGGAUUUAUUCUAGAGGCACUGAAGAUGGUGGCUACUGAAGCCUGGAAGCUUCUGCCACAGUAUGAAUGUGAUCCGGAAACGGGAGAAUGGAGGCAUCAUUCGAAUUCACUUGCCAAAGAAAGAAAGUGGCUAGGAGCUAUAAGGUAUACCGAUGGGAGGAUGCUAUUCUCUGAUAGGAGAAUUUCUGGACCUGGGACAUUCCCGCAAAAUUAUCCAGAUUGCCUGCAUACAGCCAGGUGUAUCUUUAACAGGGCUAGAAAAAUGGCCCAAAAAGCCUCAAAGUCUGAGAAGCUGGUGGUGAGGCUGAAGGAGACAAUUGAACCCUUGAGAUGGUACAUGCUUCCCGGAGAAGCUCAUGAACUGCUCCUGGGGAAUUCACAGAACGUCAAAAAUAGCGUACCAUUCGAUCCCAACAACAUUUCAGAAGCACCCGCCCUGCUAUUUAUCCAUCGUCAUAAUAGUCUGUCAGCACUGGAUAUAAAAAGUCUGAGAAAUCGAAGUCUUCCAAUAUCACCACUUCAGAUACCUCUGCAACGUCAUCAAUCUUCACCGAAUCCAGUAAAUCCGACGAAUGAUGGCAAAAACUCUGAAUGUGUAUCACCACCCACUGUGAGAUUUUCCCUGGGAGGAGAAGUAACGACAAUAGGAAAUUUCGGAUCACAGAGGAUAACGAAUAUAAUAGCAAAUGAGGGUGGUACUCCCACGAGAAAUAGUAGAUGUAAUAGUUGGGGAUCUGUGCCCGCUCUCAGUCCGCAGACACGAAUUCAUUUGGGCCUGAUGCCCGAGCAGCAAGUCAAUGGAACUAAGGGACCUAAGAGGCGUCAACGUGUCUGCUCGUGCAGUAGCCAAACAGAUUUAUUUAACACAGCCUCAUCAUCAGAGAAUGCAUCACCCACGCCCAGUCUUCAGAACCUGUCGCAGAGUGGAAGUUUUGUCGAAUGCACUGAAGAGAUCCAGGCUUAUGUGAAAGAAGUCACUGAGGAACUGGCCACAGAGAUCAAAUCCGAAAUCCGCGAAGUGAUAUCAAAAGUGGAAGAUGUCCUAGAGGGUUCUGAUUCAGUGGACAUGAAUUCCCUCAGUAUCUCUUUGUACAACACUAGCUCAGAUUCUGGGAAAAAUGACUCAGUGUCGGUGUCUGAUGUGACUGAGUACCUCAAGGAGUUCUCAAAGGAGAUGGCCAGUGAGGUGAAAUCUGAGAUUCGGGAGGCGUAUAAUACUGUGAUGGAGGAACAUACAGAUCCUGCUGUGACGCUACGCAAGAAGGGAUCCCAGGAAGAUACUCCUGAUGUAUCCCGGGCAGUUCUCACGAGGCAGGCUAAAGUGAGUGAUGUGGUGAGUGGAAGUGAAAGUCAAGUCUGCACGGAUUGCUUCAAGAAACGAUCUGAGUCAUUCCCAAGGCCAAAUUCGGCAAUUGGAUGGCAUCAGCAAACAGCUUCGAGUCCAGAAGCAUCAACCCCCAAUUGUCCCUACACUGGCACAAUUUCCAAGCUCAUUGAUCCCACAAAUACAGCAUCCCAUGACUCUGGGAUCAAUAUGUGUUUCUCAGAAGCUGAGGAGAUUCGUGUGAGGCAUAGUCAUCCAACAAAUACCUUCAGGAACAAUUCUGUCCCACUUAGUGGACCGGAAAAACCCGAUUUUAGACUAACAGACAGCCUUCCCAAGACCUGUGGUGGACAAUUAAAGAAUUUAGACUUCAAACUCAACAGUAAUAUCUCAACAAAAAAUUCUGACCACGACAAGAGUGCCAAAAAAUCCAAUGGACACCAGAAGAGCGACAUCAAGUGGCACCAUGUGCCAAAGGAGAUUUGGACACCAGCAGCUGAGGCUAUUGAAGAUUUUGAAAUGAUUAAGGAUGGAGAUCAAAUCCUAGUUGGAGUUUCCGGAAGUAGUGCUUCUCUCUGUCUUCUGCAUAUCCUUCACCAAUAUACUAAGGCUAGAAACCUUAAAGUAUCCCUCAGUGCUUGUACUCUUGGAGGAUCAGAUAUUGAUCCGCGAGUUCUGAUGCUCUAUCUCAAAGAUUUGGGCAUCAAUUACAUUUAUGAUCAAAAAGAAUCUAGUGCGAUAUCCCCAAAAUUGUGCAGUAUAGCUCAAAAGUGGAAUUACAAUGUUGUCGCACUGGCGAGUACUCUGGAUAACUUAGCUGAGGAGUUUCUUGUGUCUCUCCUGACAAAAGGGCAACUGAAUACCUUUGAAAUGGAACCUACAACUAGCGAUAAACAAAUUAGAGUAAUUCAACCCCUAAUCUAUGUUCGUGAGCGAUUCCUGGAUGACUUCGCUGCUUACAUGGACUUUCCAACUCGCACAACUUCGCGCCCACUGAAUGCUUCGAACAGUAUCCUGAAAGUUCAAGAGCUCAUCAAUCCGAGCGUUUAUGAUAACAUCAAAUCAGCUAUCAGGCCCAUUCUCUUAUCGAGGACGGGCAGCUCUCGAAAUCACGAUCAAAGUUCCAGAUAAAGUCGCUGUCUUUUGCUUUCCCGUCUUAAAUUAUAUUGCCUAGAUUAAGUUUACUUGAUAAUCAGUUAUCAGAUUUCUUUGCAAGAAAUGUUAUAAAUUUUACGAAUUUUUAAAAAAUAACUUAUUAAAUGAGUGACUAUCAGUGAAGAA